AUGAAGCGGAAGCGGCAGGCACGGCAGGGCCUGGAAGAGGGCGACGGAAAGGCCAAGCCCGGGCCCGAGGCCUUCGAGGUGGAGUUUGAGUUUUUCGAUCCCGAAGAGUCCGACUUCCAUAGCGUCCGUGAGCUCCUCUGCACCGGAGCGCUGGGCUUUUGGGACCUGGACUUCUCCGAGUUGGCGGACAGCAUCGUGGAGCAGGUAAACAUCGGCACCAUGAUCAAGUCUGGCUCUGGUGAAGGCUUAGAUGAGGAGGAUGAGGAAGAUGCCGCUUUGUGUGGCCUCCUCACGGCCUUGAAUCUGAGGCAGUUCUCCGAAAAGGCUUGGUGUCAGCACCUUAUUCCUCUACUAGAAGAGAAGGCCAAAGGUAGCGGCAUGCAGGAGAACCUGAAAACAUUUUUCAAGGAGGCCCAGCCGGGCCUCUUGAUCUCCGAGCGAUAUGUGAACCUGCCUCUGGAGCUCAUCCCAAUGCUCCACAAGGCAGUACUGGAAGAUAUCCAGUGGUCCCAAACCACCGAGCACUGUCCAAGCGAGGCUCGUGCUGAAAGUUUCUGUGAAAAAUACUUCCUCAGCUUUCUGAAUGCACAGGAGCGGCCCUUCUACUUCUUCACGCACUUCAUGCUGCUGGCAAAAUGCCAUGUCUCUGACACAGGCACAGCAAGCAUUCGGCUGGGCGGCCACACUGUCGCCUUCACGCGGCCUGAGGACGAGGCCUUGGCAAAGGCCGCUUCCCUGGGCUUCAGCUUUGCCUGCCAGGCGGCGGAAAGCAAACCCAAGAGGAAGAAGAAGAGCAAUUCUGCGGUUCCGGCAGCUUCGGCCAAUUCGCAGGACCGCGUGGCAGUGCUCUGCCUCACGCGAUCUGCUUACGAGAAAGUGGUGGCCGGGCUUCGGAAGGCCCUGGAUACCAAGGCUGAUGCCAGAAACCACUUACUGCCAGAGCCUGUGUUUCUGCUUUGUAGAUCCGAACAUGAUGAAGACCCGGCACAGGCAAGGAAUGGGCAGAGCAAGCUUCAGAUGUCUCACUUCUCCGGGCGUCACAUGUACCUGCAUCCUUCCGCAGCCUUGGAUGCGGGUCUGGCUGUCCGGCGCCUCUUGGCCGAUGCAGGGGUGGCGAUGCACAAGGUGAAGAAAACCGCCACGGAGAUUGAGCGCAAAAUCUUCCAUCUAUGCGGCCUGCUGGUGCCCUUGUCCUAUCAGCUGUUGCUCACCCAUGGCGUGUCCAGAAGUUUCUGUGUGCAGCUUUGCUGGCUGAUCACGGUCCUGGGCGUCAGUGCCGACUGGCUGCGCGUACACGUCAGCUUUGUUAGGGACCAUUGGCCCUUAAAGUCCAUUCUGCGCGAGAAGGAGGCAAAUCAACUCUGCGGCGGGAGUUACUUCUCGUUGGGUUGCACGUUAGCCAUCCAGAUCUUUGCCCCUGUGAUAGCCAUGACGUCAAUUCUUUUCCUGGUGAUGGGAGACAUGACGGCUGCACUGAUUGGCCGCUCCUUCGGCCAGAGCAUUUGCAGUAUAGGCAUCGGGCCUGGCGGCAAGAAAUCUGUGGAGGGUAGCACAGCCAUGUUCAUGACCUGCUUUGUCUUCGGGUGUACGUUGUUCAGCCCUGUCCACUUGCGCGAGUACGCGGUGGCAAUCGGCUCUCUGGUAGCCACACUCACUGAGCUGUACGAGCCCUUUGGCAUCAACGACAAUGUGACCAUUCCGCUUCUAAGUGGUAUAGCGCUGACAUUUGGCUUCGCAAGAACCUAUUCGUGUGAGCCGGCAAGAAGCCCUUUGCUGUGGUACUUGUGA